AUGGCGACUGGGCAACAGAUCCUCAAUGAACAGCAGCGCAUUUUGGAAGAGAACCACAAGGCAAAAGCGAUAGCCGACAGAUUCCGCAGGGUUGUUAUUGAGAUCCAUACCCUGGAAGAUCUCCUCCUAACCUCAUACGCGUCUGUCCAUUUCAUUCGGCUUCCUAAGGGACAAUCUGCUGUCUGUCUGUCCUCGCAGUUAGGCAGACUGCACACGAUGAUCUGCCAAUUGAGUAACCAAUCAUUGGACGAGAAGGUUCGUAGAAGAAUGCUUCUCUCGGCUCCAAACAUGGACGAAUUCUCCAGGCUUGCUUUUGACCAUUACUCAAACAAAGUCAAAGAGCCCUUCGAUUUCUUAGCUCAGCUAAUAUCCCUUCGCCCGCCCCCAGCUAAGAUGGCAGCCAGGCUCUCGGAACUAAUGAUCGAGACGUUCAAGGCUUUAGACACAAAUGGCGAUCGAAUUUCCAUUGUAUCGCGAUUCUGCGGUGUUGUGGCUCCACUUGUCUGCUCAAUCAUGGCCUUAGAUGCUGCACGGUCGUUUGAAAAUCUUCCAGGGAGAUGGGUUGACAUCUUCUGCGGCGAAACUGACCAAACAGCUCAGAGCUCUUGGGGAUCAAACAAAAAUUCCUAUAAAGUGCAGGUCAUUGAAGCAUUUGACCUUUUUACCUCCAUGAGCUUGAAACGUGAAUUCCAGGACACAUCAGGCGGCCAAUGUGUGAACAAGAACGCAACUCACCAGUACCACCAAAACAGUCAAGGCAGGGUUAUUGGACAUGGAUCGUAUGAGUCGCAGCUUUUCGAUGAAUUGAUGGUUCAAUGGGAUAAUAGUCUUCACAGCAGACUGGAGGCACUUAACCAGGAAAACGACAGUCAAGACACACCACAAUUGAAGCGUAACCUACAUGGAUAA